AUGCGAGCACCACUGAUGACAGGACCAAGGCAUCACGAUGGAGCGCUCCGCUUCCUCGGCAGGUGGUUGCUUCGCGUGUCGCGUCUCGCCUCUCCGCUGUUCCUGCCCCACGAUGGGCUGACGGAGGAGGAAGAGACGAAGGCAGGCGACAGCGACGACGAGGACGAAGCUACAGAGGGUGAUGGCGAGUGGCUGCUGCGCUUCGACGGUGCCUGCCGCAAGAACCCUGGCCCAGGCGGCGCCGGCGCUGCGUUGUUCAAGCCCAGCGGCCCCGUAGUGUGGACUUGCUCCCACUACAUGCCGAGCAGCAGCGAGACCAACAACACGGCAGAAUAUACCGCGCUGCUGCUCGGUGCAAGGGCUGCCGCCGAUCAUGGCGUCACGCAUUUGCGGAUAGAGGGGGACAGUACCCUCGUCAUCCAGCAGGUGCGUGGCAUCUUCGCCACGUGCAACAAGCGCCUUCGCCAGCUGCGACUCGCAGUCAAGGCAGAGCUGGCGCGGAUGGAGCGGGCCACGCUCCAUCCCAUCGACAGGCAGGCGAAUGGUCAUGCCGACCGCCUCGCCAACGCCGCUCUUGACCGCCGCGCGACCGAGUUGGACUACACCCCCGCCUGCCACACCGCAUGUCGCGGUGGACACGGAUGUCCCCCAAGCCCCGUCGAUGACGACAACAUGGGGGACAUCGACGAUGGCGAGGUGUAUGCAGCGAUGAGUGUGGGGCCGGAUACAGUGCCUCAGCGUCGGUCCCGCUUACGCCUUCGCCAGUUGGACGAGGACGAGCAAGAGGCUGCGGGAGAGCUGGUGGAGCGGCUGGCUGCGAAGCUGGCUGCCAAGAUCACGGACGCUGCUGACUGGGAGGAGGCGGAGGGCUACAUCACAGCCCUUCCGCAUGCGCUGUACGACCAACUGCAGCCAUACUCCCAGGCACAGCACCCCGCCCAAUCUUGCUCGCGGCUCCCGCAGCAAGCCGUGCGUACUGGCCGGCGACAGGAGCCACUCCAAGGCCAUGAGCAGGCCGUGCCACAGGACGGUCAGCGCCAAGGUGGCAGCCAUUCACGUCGUCGCCGUGGUCGCUCUGGUGGUGGCAAGGGGCACCGGCGCACGCGCCCGCCCCGUGUGACACGUCAUCACCGUGAGCACCGGCUUGACGAGGCUCUGGACGCUAUGCAUGCUGUUCAGCAACGCGUGCCGGGCGACCGCAAGGCUGUGGCCAAGGCACGUCGUCGUGUGGGGAGGAUCAACUCCUCUCUCGAGCAACAACGCCUCCGCCACCUCUUCGAUACUACGGAGAAGGUGUGUGUUGAGCGCAUCCUGUGUACGGCCCGGUCCAAGCGUGAGGCAACGGAACUGCCGGUCGGUACCGCUGCGCCUCCGCCGGACUUGGUGGAGCUGGACGAAGGCACCUGCCCCAUUCCAGGGGUGCGCCUGCACCAGUUCUUCACGGCGGUGAACACCCCGGUGGGUGCCUUCGACCCCAUGGCGCCGGUAGGAGCCCCGUUCCGCACGGCCAUGGACCGCCUGCCUCCUGCGACAGUUGACAUGGCGCUGCUCACGGAUGCGCCGUCCGUUGAUGAGAUCGAGGACCAAGUGCAGCGUGCGCGUGGCAGCUCAAGCCCCGGUUUGGACGGUGUAGGCUACGACAUCUUCAAGACGUUCACGGCCCAGCUUCUGCCCGCUCUGCAUGCUGCGUUCGCGCGCUGCUGGCAGUCCAAGCGUGUGCCGCAGAGCUGGAAGGUUGGCGUGGUGCGCCUGCUGCACAAGAAGGGCGAUCGGUCCGACCCAUCCAAUUGGCGGCCGAUCUGCUUGCAGCAGGCCAUCUACAAGUUGUACGCUGGUGUCCUGUCGCGUCGCUUUACGCGCUGGCUGGACGUCAACGGCCGCCACGCCGCUGCGCAGAAGGGCUUCCGAGCCAUGAACGGCUGUGGGGAGCACAACUUCCUCGCAGCCACGCUCGUCGACCAAGCCCGGCGCAAGCAUCAGGAGUUGCAUGUCGUGUGGUACGACUUUGCCAACGCUUUUGGUAGCGUGCCACACGACUUGUUAUGGGCAGCGCUACAACGGCAGGGUGUUCCGCCCGAGUUUGUCGCUUGUUGCCGUGGUCUCUACGCAGACGCUGCGUUCACGAUUGGUAACGCUGUGGAUGGGACCACGGCGCCGAUCGCGUUGAAGGUGGGGGACACUGGCGUGAAGCUGUCAAGCGAAGACCGUCCCGGUGCUGCUGCUUACGCGGACGACUUGAAGGCCUUUAGCAGCACCGUGGACGGCAUCAAGCGACAGCAUGCAGUGGUGCAAGACUUCCUGCGCUGGACUGGCAUGAAGGCCAACCCGAUGAAGUGCAGCACCAUGUCAGUCCAGCGGGAUACCCGCGGCCUCCACAGGACCAGCGACCUCGGACUGCAGCUGGACGGCACCCCAAUCCCCGCGCUCAGUGCUGCUGACUCCUACCAGUACUUGGGGAUUGGGGAUGGCUUCGACCAUGUGCGCCGUCGCAUUGAGCUGGGUCCAGCUCUCUCCCAGCUCAAGCAUGAUGCGACGGCCCUGCUGCAGUCCGGUCUGGCGCCGUGGCAGGUGAUCAAGGCGGUCAAGGUAUAUCUGUACCCUCGCGUCGAGUACGCCCUCCGGCACCUGCGCCCGUUUGCCCAGCAGCUGGAGGGCUUCGACCGCCACCUUGUUCGCGGCCUGCGCCACCUGCUGCGGCUGCCGACCAACGCCACGACGGCGUUCUUUUACGCUCCUGUUUCUCGUGGAGGGUUGGGGCUUCUGCCGUUGACGGAGCUGCAUGGUGCGUUACAGGUGGCGCAUGGGUGGCUGAUGUUGCACUCUUCUGACCCUGCCACCCAGCGCAUAGCCCGUCAGCAGCUCCGUCAGAUUGCAGAGGCCCGCUAUAAGCUGGACGUUCUGGUGUGGAAGGACCGUGAGGAGGAGCUGGGCGAGCUCCUUCUCAACAGCAAGCUGGGGACGUCGGACCCAGCCCCGCCCAAGCGUCGAAAUGGGGACAUAGGGUCGCUGUGGUUCGACGUCCGUGGUCACCUUCACCGCUUCGGCCUCAAGUUCGAGAUGGCUCCGGCGGUGGAGGAGACAGGGACCCCGGCGCAAAGGUUGCAGCUUCGCGUGCCCCACCACGAUGGUUGGUUGGACCAUAGGGAUGUCCUUCGGCACGUGAAGCUGCACCUCAAGACCAGGCACUGGCAGCGAUGGGCCGCGAUGACGGAUCAAGGCAAGGCUGCUCGCACCCUUGGUGGUGCUGGGAGCGCCUUCCUUUCGCGGCCCCGAGGGCUUUGGGAGAGCGACUACCGCUUCGCGGUGGGUGGUCGUCUCAACCAGCUCGACACGCACAGUGUCCUCAAGCGCCGGCGUCUUCGGGCACAUGACAAGUGCAGAUCGCCUGGCUGCUCAAGAUCGGAGACGCUGGCACAUGUGCUGAACCACUGUGCCGGCACCAUGGAUGCAGUUCGCACCCGCCACGACGACGCCUUGAAGAUAAUCGAGCGGGCUGUUGUGUCGUCGGCGGGUGAUCGGAAGGACCGGGUCGAGCUGAGGGUUAACCAAACCGUACCCUCGCUCCCCGGGCCUGCUUUGCGACCGGACUUGCAGGUCUACAACCACACCACACGUUCGGUGUCGGUUGUAGACCUUGCGGUGGCGUUUGAAGACCAAGCCACGGACGACCCAAGGACGUCGUCGCUCGCGCGGAUUGCUGAGCUUAAGCGCACCAAGUAUGGUUGCAUCAAGCGACACCUAGAGCGUCAAGGUUGGACGGUCCACCUUUCAGCGCUCGUCUAUGGUUCGCUUGGCGCAGUCGACGGUGGUAACCUUGCGGUUUACACCGAUCACCUUGGUGUGCUGAAGCGUGAUGCGAAGCGGCUGGACAAGCAACUUUCUGCUGAGUGCAUUAAGUCCAGCCGCCGCAUAUGGAAUUUGCACUGCGGCCAGCACCGCGAGCGACAGAAUGGUCACGAUCAAGCUCAAGGUCCAAGUCAAGCCCACGUUCAUGGCCGAAGACAUGGACGCUCAAGACAAGAUGCAAGGGGCAGUCGGGUGACGGAGACCGGGGGACUCCGUCCCAUCGAGGCCGCCGCUAAGCGUCGUUCGGGCCCAUAG